UGGAAAAGCUUGUGAUGGAGAAUCCACGGGGAAUAAUCGAUUUGCCGGUCGAAGUGCUCGAUCUGAUAUUUAAGCAUCUUACUUAUUUGUCAAUUAAACUGCAGCUAGCUCAGGCCCACGAAAAGCUCACAAAAGCUUUCGUCUAUCACAGCCGAAAUGAGUUUCGGAGGUAUAAGCUUUUCGAAAGCGCGUUAUCAGAAGAAUCGAUGCUGUUGCCGAUACGAGAGUGUGGCAGGACAAUCGAGGACUUCGUUUUCGAAGGAAAUGGUAGAUUUUGGAACGAUGCUCUAGUCGACGCGAUUGGCAACCACUGUACCAAUCUGAAAUCGGUUAAAGUACUUCGAUUUAAUAGCCACAGUGACAAAAUUUGUACUUUACUUGUGAAAUUAAACAAAUUAUUAUUAUCGGUUUCAUUUAAACAAGAAUCUCGAUUUCCUUUUGUAAUAUUGAAAGCUGUUGGUGAAAUGACACAAUUAAAAAAACUUUCGGUGAAAGGAUACAUUGACGAGAACGUUUACGAGAUUCAGAAAUUGGUCGCCCUGGAAAAAUUGAAGGUCGAUCACAAUUAUUACUUAGACAGGAAAGAUGUCCACAUACUGAAAAUCUGUUCCUCACUAAAAAAUCUUCGAGAAUUAUCUAUAACUAAUCUUCAUAUAAUGCCAUGUGAAGAGGAGCAUUCGAAAGUGUGGGUCGGCUUGGAAACCUUAACAAUAUUUAGCUGCACAUUACCCACCGCUUUACCAGACUGUCCUAAUCUAAAAGAUCUGUCCAUUCAUUACCUGCAAAGUUCCAAUGAAGACUACUGUCUACAAUUUAUUCUUAAGAAUGGAAAAAAACUUGACAAUUUAUAUGAAAAAUGCCGUCCACCGAUCGAUGCCAAUGGUUUUCUACAACUGCUUCGGGGAUGUCCCAAUUUACGAUACCUUUACACUCCCAUGGAAUAUAUUAAACUUUAUUCGGGCUAUGUGUCUACUAUUUUGGAAAUUUUAAGGGAAAAUAAAGUGACGAGGGAAGACCCAUUUGUACUGGUUAUAUGUAGGCGAAUUAAAUGGAAAUGGUUUCGACGACUGCUCAGUCGGACACCAAAUGCUGAAUUGAUAAGGUUGCCGCAGAGGUACGAAUAUUAUACUUAAGAUUUGCAACUUAAUAUAUAUGUAUAUAUAAAUUCUACUGAAACGAAAAUGUAUAUUUAUGAACUAUUUACAUAAAAACUGGGAAUAAAUACUCAUAG